UUUAUAUGAGAUACUUGUCGAUGCUUCUCGGUUAAUCGUAGAUUGGAUUGGUGGAACAAGUAGGUACUGAAAAAUGUACUGUGGUAGACGUACCUCGUAUCGAAAAUGGAAACGAAAUACGAAGAUGAAUUCUGAGGAGAUGAGCACAUGGGAGAUCAAUCAGUCACUUUUGGAGUCAUAAGGUCGACGACAUCCAAAUACCACUUUCUCUGCCUCGAUUCAUCUAUGUCUACUCAAUAAUACCCAUCUUCGCUACCCAUCAUGGGUUCAUCUCCCCUUCCCGUCAGCUUGCAAAGCAAGUUACAAAAGCCUCAGCGGUUCUCCCGAUUGAGAGACAUUCAAGGCAAUGUCAACAUAUUGCGCAAUAUCGUUUUCGCUUUCUUCUUGUUGCGCGUCUUCCGUAAAUCCUUCUACUUCCUCCGCGGUCAUGGCCCCAUCGGCUCAGUCCUCGUUCUAUACCACCAACUUCACAAGACCGCCUACACGCUAUUCCUCAACAUGCCGGGCGUGAAGCAGCAGGUGUCGAAACAGAUGGAGAUCGCGAAGAAGGACAUGGAAGAAAAGCUCGUGCCUUCAGGACCUGGCACGACCCAUUACCGGAGCCUACCAAAGGAGCCAUGGACAAAGGAACAACUUCACACCGAACUAGAAUCGCUCGCUGCCAUGAAGCGGACGAGAUGGGAAGAAGGCAAAGUGUCCGGUGCAGUCUACCACGGCGAAGAUUCGUUGCUGGACGUCCAAAGUGAAGCCAUGAGGUUGUUCAGCGUUGCCAAUCCGAUUCAUGCCGAUGUGUUUCCUGCGGUAAGGAAGAUGGAGGCAGAAGUGGUUGCAAUGGUGCUGGCCUUGUUCAAUGCGCCUGAAUCGGGUGCUGGAGCCACGACAUCAGGAGGCACGGAGUCGAUCCUAAUGGCCUGCCUAUCAGCGCGACAGAAGGGAUAUGCUGAGCGAAGGAUCACCGAACCCGAGAUGAUCAUCCCGAACACAGCCCAUGCUGCAUUCCACAAAGCUGCCAGUUACUUCAAGAUCAAGUUGCACACUGUGGCAUGCCCGGGACCCGAGUAUAUGGUCGAUGUCAACAAAGUCAGGAGACUGAUCAACCCGAAUACUGUCCUUCUUGUCGGAUCAGCACCCAACUAUCCUCAUGGCAUCGUCGACAACAUCCCAGCCCUCUCCAAGCUCGCGCUAUCUUACAAGAUUCCCCUACACGUCGACUGCUGUUUAGGUUCAUUCAUCAUGCCAUGCCUGUCCAAAGCUGGUUUCCCUUCGCCAUGGGCCGAUGAGGGUGGUUUCGACUUCCGUCAACCUGGUGUGACGUCCAUCAGCGUUGAUACUCACAAAUAUGGCUUUGCUCCGAAGGGAAAUAGUUGCAUCCUCUACCGUAAUCGACAACUUCGAGAAUAUCAAUACUUUGUCUGUCCGCAGUGGGCCGGCGGUGUGUAUGGAUCACCCAGUAUCGCUGGCUCUCGUCCUGGUGCACUCAUUGCAGGCUGCUGGGCAAGCAUGAUGUCAGUCGGCGAAAAGGGCUAUGUUGAUGCUUGCCACAAGAUUGUCAGUACGAAAUUGACCAUCGAGAAUGCGGUCAGGGAACAUCCCGUACUGAAAGAAACGCUGCAAAUAAUGGGUCAUCCAAUGGUCAGUGUUGUGGCGUUUGAUUCCUUCGAUCCGACUAUAUCAAUCUACGAUGUUGCUGAUGGCAUGUCGAAACGGCAUUGGCAUUUGAACUCGCUGCAAGAUCCCGCAGGUGUACAUGUCGCUGUCACUUUGCCUAUGACACGGCCUGGUGCGGUGGAUGGCUUGAUUGACGAUCUUGUGGCCGUGGUUAGUGAUGAGAAAGAGAGGGCAAUUGAGAGACUCAAGGCUGGUGGGCCGAUCGAGACAGGCAAAGGCACCAGUGCUCAAUUGUAUGGUGUUGCCGGAAGUUUGCCAGACAAGAGUAUUGUUGAGAAGAUGGCGGUUGCUUAUUUGGAUACCCUUUACAAAGCAUGAUUUCCUAAUGGCCAGAGGCAGGGAACGGCGAAUGAUCUUACUUUUUUCUCUCAUGCAUGAACCCCGCCUGAAGCGAAUCGAACCACGUUGCUAGUCGUUAUUGGACGAUCUAGGUGAUCCUGUGUGGACAUGCACAGAGCCUCAGACAGGUCAUUCGCCAUUGGAGAAGAUAAAGAGGGUGCCGCUGGAUGCCUAGGUGUUACAAUGCUCUUCAGCCUUACGGAUACGCGACAUGAUGUGCCGUUUUCUCCUUACUGAUCGCGUGUUACUCUUUCCCCCCAUGCAACAGCAACGGACAUGUGAAGAAGUCUGAAAGCGCAUUUCCUUUUGGAACCAUAUUUCUUGCUCAUAUCGCAU